AUGAGUAGGAGUGAGAUAUACGCACUCCUGGGUCAGGAAAAUGAUGUGAUAAUCCCCUUAAACAAGAAUCGCAAAAAAGUCAAGCCGCAAAAGGUUGCUAGAUAUUGGCCUGGCAAGGCCCCUGAAUAUGCUGAUGAUGAACCAAACUCAGAUACAGAAAACUCUUCUGGCGAAGUGGAGAUAGAUGAUCCCAGGUUAAGGCGAAUACAACAAUCGUCCACUGUUCUAACGGACGGUACCUGUAGGCAGAGGAAACAUGAAACCGAAGUACUGGAUUUACCGCGGGAUAGACUUGAUUCGUCAACUGAUACAGAAGUUACUACGAAUAGUGGAAGGAGGCGUGUCAUAGCAUAUAACAGUCCAAUUUGCGACCCCGAAGAAGAUAGCUUCAACCAAACUCCAAUAGAAGCUCAACAAUCAGAGUCAGAAAAUGAAUCCAUCUUGUCAGAAUCUGAAAAAUCCGUAGAGGAAGAAUAUACCAUAUCGCUUGAUAAGCCUGUAUUUAUACCCAAGGACGAUAGGACUACAUUGAAGGAACUUAAAGCACGUGAAAUGGCUGAUUACGAGUAUUUUGAACAGGAAAGAUUGAGGAAACUUGAAAGGCAAGAAGAAUCCAAGCAAUUAGUCCACAACCCCAAUAUAUCAAUUGAUGAUGAAGAAAUUCAUCAACAUCUCCCCGAUGAUACUGACGAAAUUGGCGGUAAGGAAUAUGAAUUGUGGAAGAUCAGGGAAUUAAAUCGCAUUAAGAGGAGUCAUUUAGAAAAGGUGGAACGCGAACUUCAAGCUGAAGAGAUCAAAAUUAGGCGUGAGAUGGACGAAAAGGAGAGGGAGAGAGAUAACCUCAGAAUUGAUGCUCAAAAGGUUAAAGUGGAACGGGGUAAAAUGGCAUUCCUACAGAAAUACUACCAUAAAGGUGCAUUCUUUAUGGAUAAGCUGGAUUCUGGCGCAGAACCCAUAUACGCAAGAGACUUCAACGCCCCUGUUGGUGAUGAUCUUAUUGACAAGGAAGCCCUGCCAAAGGUACUUCAAGUUAGAAGAGGCAGAUUUGGGAAAAUGGGUCAGACCAAGCAUACCCACUUGAAAGAUGUAGAUACUACCGAUUUUAAUGCUUGGGGGGGAAAAUAUAAUAAUAGAAGGGGCAAACACGAUGUACAAGUUUUUGAAAGGCCCCAAAAGAAGCGUGGGUAG